GCGAUGGAAUCAGGCCGAGAGUCCCAUCAAAUCUGAUCAUCGAGAGUAUGUUCGAUACUUCAUUCUACGGUAGUGAUGCAUCGUGGAUGAAAUGAAAAAUCCAGUCUCCAUACGGAGGACUGGUACGGGAUACCGACAGGCAAUCAUUUCGCUCCGUCGCCCAACAUGUCUACUCAACUCGACGCCGCCUCUAUCGCCCGCAUCUCCCUCCACGAUCCCAUCCACUUCCGCAUCCAGCACUCCCAAACCAUUCAUCGCCUGGCGCUUCUACAGCACUGGAACAUUCCCACUGACUCCAAUGUGCUGGAGCUAGGAUGCGGACAGGGCGACUGCACGACUGUCCUGGCCAAUGCUGUAGGCGAGCAGGGGAAGGUGGUAGCAGUCGAUCCAGCGGACUUGGACUAUGGUGCCCCAUAUACCCUCGGCCAAGCACAAGGCCACAUCUCAGAAGGCCCACUGGGUAAGCAGAUUACCUGGGUCCAACAAACCCCCCAGGACUACCUCUCCUCCCUGCCCGACAGUACGGUCUUCGACACCACCGUACUCGCCCACAGCCUCUGGUACUUCGCCUCUCCCGCCGUCAUCCUGUCCACCUUCCAGGCCCUCAAGCAGCACAGCAAGCGUCUCCUCCUGGCGGAGUGGUCCUUAGUCGCGACGCACCCCUCGGCUCAGCCUCACGUCUUAGCUGCGCUCACCCAGGCCGCGCUAGAGUGUCGGAAAAAGGACAGUGUCUCGAAUGUCCGUACGGUGCUGGGGCCCAAGCGGCUGACCCAGUUGGCUUUGGCGGCUGGGUGGCGGCUGCAGAAGGAGACCCGUGUGCAAGCUGACGAGGGGCUGUUGGAUGGACAAUGGGAGGUCGCUGCUUGUUUGUCUUCCUCGUUUGAACGGGAAGUACAGGAGCAGGUGAGGGAUGAGAGGGAACGGGCAGUGGUUCUGGCGGCGCGGGAUGCGUGUGAGGCCAGCUUGGAGGGUAUCUCAGGGGGGAGGAAGGGGGUUCGGUCUAUGGAUGUUUGGGUGGCUAGUUUCGUGUCCGAGGCUGAUGUCUGAUCUGCUUAUACAAUGAUCAUAGAAGUAUGAUUCUUAAUCAAAUACUUGGAUUAUUU